GUUUUCAUUUCUCAGUCUCUGAACCGUCCCUGUGCCCUAGCUGGUCUCGCUUCGCAGCCACAGCUAGAAGAAGAAGUGGAAGAUGAAGACGAUUCUUUCUUCAGAGACAAUGGACAUCCCCGAAGGGGUGAAGAUCAAGGUCAACGCCAAGAUUAUCGAAGUGGAGGGCCCGCGAGGCAAGCUCAGCCGCAACUUCAAGCACCUCAACCUCGACUUUCACCUCAUGACCGACGAGGAGACCGGCAAGCGCAAGCUCAAGAUCGAUGCCUGGUUCGGCUCCCGCAAGACAAGUGCCGCCAUCCGUACCGCGCUCAGCCACGUGGAGAAUCUCAUUACUGGUGUUACUAAAGGAUACCGUUACAAGAUGAGAUUUGUGUACGCUCACUUUCCCAUCAACGCUUCCAUCACUAACGGAAGCAAGUCCAUUGAGAUCCGUAACUUUCUUGGAGAGAAAAAGGUUCGUAAAGUGGAUAUGCUUGAGGGUGUAAGCAUUCUCCGAUCCGAAAAGGUUAAGGAUGAGCUCAUAUUGGAUGGGAAUGACAUUGAGCUUGUGUCUCGGUCGUGUGCUUUAAUUAAUCAGAAAUGCCAUGUGAAGAACAAGGAUAUUAGGAAAUUCCUUGAUGGUAUCUAUGUCAGUGAAAGGGGCACCAUCCUUGAUGAAGAAUGAUGAACUAUCAAUUUUAUGUCAUGGUAAAGUUAUGAGAGUUUUGGGUUCUUGCCUCUACCCUUAGAUGAAAACGAUAGUUUGUUUUUCAGGAAAUUUUUAUUGUAUUAGAGAAUUUUGGAUUUCUGCUUUACUAGUUGUCUUUUAAUGGCUUUGUUUGAAUAUGUUAUGGAUAUUAUCAAAACCUUGUCAUAUUCCUCUUUUCACCCUUAUUGAAACCCAAUUUUCUGA